UGUAUGUACAGCAAGAACAUGGCGUAGGUUGGCGGGAUGCCCUACUAAAAAUAAAACUUUGGAAGAACUCUAAAACAGUAAAACAUUUAAAAAACUGCAGCUGCAAUCGAUAGAUCGUACUUUAUUGCAUCAAUCAGUAACUUUGAAGAAAAGUUGGCAGUUUUUAUACCGUUCUGACGGGUGGUCAUCGACUAGGAUCAGAGCUCAAUCUAUAACAGCUCAAAAUUGUGAAUACAAGAUAUGAGCUAAUUUAUAUUCUGGGAGGCUGAUUCUGCAUUGAAUACACACCUGAUUACUGUCCAAUACUGUUGAUAAAGAUCUUGGAAUAUUUUAAGCAAUGGAGCCAAAGGUUGUUGUUAAAGAUAAAGCUGGGGUUACCCAAGUACAAGAUGGAGAUGACAUCAGUAAACUAGCCAUUAGUGACUACACACACAUCGCUUACAUUGCCGUCAAUGGCAUGACAUGUAAUUCUUGUGUCAAGACUAUUGAGAAAACCAUAUCACAAAUGAAUGGUGUCAAUGAAAUUAAUGUCUCCCUUGAGGAGAAAGAAGCACAAAUCAAGUUUAACGGCAAAGCAACCAAUGGUGAACUGCUUACACAAGCUAUAGAGGAUGUCGGUUUUGAAGCUACACUUCAAAGAGUUGUAGACAUUCUUACAAAAGAAAAUGCAUAUCAGAAAGAAAAGGAAACCUCUGAAGGUAUAAGUGAAAUAGAUCUUAAAGUCCUUGGUAUGACCUGCCAGUCAUGUGUGAAGUCUAUCCAGAAGGCGCUAUCUCAUACAUCAGGCGUGAAAAACUCAAACAUAUCUCUCCAAGAAGAAAAAGCAACUAUUAAAUAUGAUGCUUCAAUCACAACUCCCGAGAAACUACAGGAAGUGAUUGAAGAUAUUGGUUUUGAAGCUAUUCUCCCUAAAGAAAAUUCUGGGCUUCGAAAUGUCAUGAUAAAUGUAGAAGGAAUGACAUGUAAUUCUUGUGUCAAUACAAUAGAAGCAAAGAUUGGACAGAAAAAUGGAGUUCAAUCUAUAUCUGUUUCUCUUGAAAAGAAGCAAGUGCAGAUCUCGUACACAGCUGAAAAGAUGACUCCAGAACAGCUGGUAGAAGCCAUUGAGAACAUGGGCUUUGAAGCUCAUCUUCUGAAUGAUGGGGUCAACGAUGAUGACAAAGACAUCAGAAUGGCUGUCAUUGCUAUAGCGGGAAUGACAUGCAUGUCAUGUGUGAAAACCGUUGAGGGAAAGAUGUCUACUGUUCCGGGAGUUAUAAAUAUUAAGGUAUCUCUAGACCUUAGAAAGGCUGAUAUCAAGUAUGAUCCUGAGGUAACUACGCCUCAAGACUUGUGCAGUGUUAUUGAUGACAUGGGAUUUGAUGCUUCUCUUCCUUCUAAAGAUACAGAUAGUGCUUCAAAGGACUCUUUUGUGGCAAUGGCGACGCAGGAAGGUGAAGGAAAUUGGGGCAUAAGGUUUAGUAGUGCUACAAACCUAGCACCACGGUCAAAGAUGGAAGAUAUAGAAAAGAUUUACCUCCAUAUUGAGGGGAUGACUUGUGCUUCUUGCGUGGCUAGUAUUGAGAGGGCAUUAAUGAAGAAAAAAGGCGUAAAGUCAGUACUGGUUGGGUUGCUGGCACAAAAAGCAGAAGUGAAGUUCGCUAAAGGGGCCAUUUCUCCAGACGUAAUAGUCUGUCAUGUCAAUGAAAUGGGGUUCGUAUGUGAACUCAUGGAUAAGAAAGGACAAGGCGAGAAUACUGUGAAUAUAUUGAUAACUGGAAUGACAUGCUCAUCAUGCGUCCAUCUUAUCGAGUCCACGUUGAUCAAACGACCUGGUAUCCUCAAUGCUUCGGUUGCCCUGGCAACGAGUAGUGGCCGGUUUGUGUACGACACGGAAAUGACGGGUCCCCGAGACAUCAUCGAGGCUAUAGAGGGUCUGGGAUUCUCGGCUUCGUUGUCGUCAGGUGACAAGAACAAAGACAAGAUUGACCACAGUGCCUCUAUUAAAAAAUGGAGGAGAUCGUUCCUGUUUUCUCUCAUCUUUGGGUUUCCUGUGUUUUGUAUCUUCAUUACUUACGUCAUACUAGACGAGCUAGGCAAGAGGCCGCGCAACAAUGUCUUACCGGGAUUAUCUCUAGAAAACCUGCUUAUGUUUAUUCUAUGCACACCUGUACAGUUCCUUGGUGGUAGGCAUUUUUACGUCACUGCUUUCAAGGCUCUUAAACACGGUACAACGAACAUGGAUGUACUUAUCAUGUUGGCUACUACAAUAGCUUACGUCUACUCGAUAAUAGUCGUAGCUGUAGCUAUGUCGGAGCAAAGUGUUAACAGUCCUAUGACUUUCUUCGACACGCCUCCAAUGUUGUUGGUCUUCAUCUCGAUGGGACGUUGGAUGGAGUAUGUAGCCAAAGGCAAGACAUCUGAAGCACUGGCUAAGUUACUGUCCUUACAGCCAGCUGAUGCUGUGAUGGUUAAGCUCGCCCCGGGAACAUUGAAUGUCAUUGAGGAGAAGGUUAUCACUGUCGAUCUGGUUCAAAGAGGCGAUAUUUUAAAGGUCGUACCCGGUGCUAAAAUACCCGUAGAUGGCCGAGUAAUCCAAGGGACAUCAAUGGCAGACGAGUCUUUAAUCACAGGCGAAUCAAUGCCGGUACCCAAGAAGAUCGGAGACUCGGUGAUAGGUGGAACAAUCAACCAGAAUGGGUCGAUACUAGUAGAAGCAACCCACGUAGGGCAAGACACUACUUUAUCACAGAUCUGCAAGCUUGUUCAGGAAGCACAGACUUCCAAGGCUCCUAUACAAAAGUUUGCGGACAAGCUAUCUGGAUAUUUUGUGCCGGUGGUAGUUCUCAUCUCCGUUUUAACUCUAAUCGUAUGGCUCGUCAUGGGAUACGUCAAUAUCAAGCUGUUACAUAAGAAAUUCGAUCCGAAGGCAGACAACAAAGACGAGUUCAUUAUAGGAUUCGCCUUCCAGAUUAGUAUAACAGUACUGGCUAUAGCUUGUCCCUGCGCCCUCGGUCUUGCCACCCCGACAGCUGUGAUGGUCGGUACAGGGAUUGGAGCCCAGAAUGGUAUUCUUAUUAAAGGUGGAGAACCACUGGAGACUGCACACAAGGUGACUGCAGUAGUAUUCGAUAAGACAGGUACAAUAACUCACGGGACACCCGAAGUGAUUAAAACAGCACUGUUCGUUAAUCCCGAUGUAUGUAGCUUACCUCUAUUGCUGGCUGUAGCAGGGACGGCUGAGAACAAUAGUGAACACCCGCUUGGAGUAGCGGUCACUAAGUAUGCUAAAAAGGAGCUUAAUACUGAGACUCUUGGUCAGUGUACUGGUUUCGAGGCGGUACCUGGUUAUGGUCUCUCUUGUACCGUUACCGAUGUGGACGGACUGCUUAACGUGAGAGUUAAAAACGAACAGAAUAUCGAUGUUAUAAUAGACGGUAAAGUGACUGAUACAUUGCGGGACGUCUCUCUUAACGAAGAGGACAGUCCACCCAACCUUGACAGUGCAAGCACCAGUAACUAUAAAGUGUUGAUUGGUAAUCGUGACUGGAUGCAAAUGAAUGGCUUAGUGGUAACAGACGAAAUAGAAGAGGCCAUGCAAACACACGAACUGAAAGGACAAACGGCCGUACUCAUAGCUAUCGAUGGUAAACUGGUAGCAAUGAUGGCAGUAGCGGACACAGUCAAGAGCGAGGCACAAGCCACUGUAGCAACACUAAAGAGGAUGGGCAUUCGUGUCGUACUGCUCACUGGUGACAAUAAGAAAACUGCCAUGGCCAUAGCUAGUCAGGUCGGUAUUCAACAAGUAUUCGCCGAAGUUCUCCCAUCACAUAAAGUAGCUAAGAUCAAAUCCCUCCAAGAACGUGGCUUCAUCACGGCUAUGGUUGGUGACGGCAUCAACGAUUCUCCUGCCUUAGCCCAGGCACACGUAGGAAUUGCUAUAGGAACUGGUACUGAUGUAGCUGUAGAAGCAGCUGAUAUUGUUCUUAUCAAGAAUGACCUGAUGGACGUAGCUGCUGCAAUCGACCUAUCACGUGUGACAGUACGCCGUAUUCGUAUCAACUUCCUGUUCGCACUAUUGUACAAUAUGAUUGGUAUUCCACUUGCCGCUGGUGUCUUUGAACCGGUUGGUGUAGUACUCAAGCCCUGGAUGGCUAGUGCAGCUAUGGCUCUCUCUUCUGUCUCUGUUGUUGGUUCUUCAUUAUUUCUGAAACUAUAUAAAAAGCCAGAGCCUGAAGAAGGAAAACCCGGGUUUAGCCUUCCAUUCUCAUCAGGGUACAAAGCCAUCAGUACAAGUGACUCUGGCGAGAUACCUAAUACUGGUAUUGAAGGCAAAUAUAUUCCAAGACAAGAAAUGAAUAAUGAGUUCAUCUCUGACGACCCGUAAACGAGCACCAUCAGGAAAAAAACAAUUAUAGAUAAUUAAAUUAUAGAAAGUCAUUAUUCGACUAUAUAUUUUCAUGCGUGAUUUUAUUGUAGAUGUGAAUGACAUACAAAAUCUCAUUCAUCAAAACAACCGCAAAGUUAAAAAAGUUUUAUACUAGGUACCCAAUAGUUAUCAAACUCAAUAAUCAAGGGAAUACAUAGAGUACUAGGGGGUUUCUGUGGGUUGUAUCAGUAUUCCUUUAAAUCUCUCAUUAAAAAAGCGCAUUGCAUAAUUGAGGGCAGAAUCGAAAACUGAGCACACGAUACAUGCAUGUGUGCAAAAAUUUAAAGGGUUUUUAAUAAUUAUUUUGUCAUACUAAACUAUUUUGUUAAUAUUUCAGAUAAGUUAAUCCUAUAAUAACCAUUCUAAUUGGUUCAUUAGGACGUAGAUGUUGAUUGGUUUACCAGAGCGUAAUCCAUUUUAGUGUCAAACAACACCAUGCUAGCAAGCAUGAAGAUUAGUUGCCUUGUUUUCAACUCGGCCUUUGAUUGGUCUGUCGAUACUAUGCGUUUAUCUUGAAUUCCCAUUUCCACAGUAAUAUCCCCAUUCUUUUCCGCCAUGCAUUUUUUUUUUAGGUUUUUUUUCUCCUGUUUUUUUUUUUUUUUUUUUUUUUUUUUUUUUCCAACAAUUCCAAAAGCGCAGAUCUCUUCUUUUCUUUUGCUAUGACUAUUCCAGAGCAAAGAUCAAUGCAGUUGCGCAUCUUGAACUCUGUUUCAGUUGCCUUGUCUAAGUGAACAGGAAUUACUGUGGAAAUUUGACGCUUUUUCUAUAGGUGCCUCCUAUAAAAACCGGCAGACAUGAUACUGAAUAAGCCUGAAGCGAGAUGACGUUUUACCCCCGUCUCCAGACCAUAAACCUUUUCACAGUGCUUUUGUUCUUUAAUUAUGACUAUUGUUCCUGUAUUCUCUAAGGAAUCAAAAAUUUUAAUAUGAAAGAAUUUUAAAAACUAUUAUGGUAUAGAGUCGGGGGGUAAAACGUCAUCUCGCUUCAGGCUUAUUAUUAAUUAAAACUCGUUAUCAACGACAAAAUAUCUAAUACAUAUAUAUUAUAUUCUAGCCCAAUGGUAAAACGCCCAGGCAUCAGUCAAAAUAGGGUUAAAAAAUGCAUUAACAAUUUAAAAGCUACUGAGCUAAUAAGUAACAAAAUUGAUUUUAUUUCUAAUAAACUAUUUCAUAUAUUAACUGGC